AUGCACUCACGUGUUGCUGCAGUGAAGGCACCCCGCACACACAACCGUCGCCGCGUGACCGGAUCCAGCGGAAGGAGGAGGGAAGGAAGGGAGAGUGAGCAGCAAAUGCCCAACAUGUCCCGGCAUGCGUUUACUUUUGCGGUGCUGCUGCUCCUCGUUGUGAUGAUGUGCGACACUGGAAGAGCUGUGAGAGCUGCGGAGCCGUCGUCGGGUCUGGGAUCUUCACCGGGUAAACAUUUUGUUUGGAGAGAUAAGGAAGAAAACGAAGCAGUGGAUUCGCUCUAUGCUCCCAGUCUUGUUGAGGUGAAUGGUAAAGUGUUUGCCGUUGCCGAGGCGCUGUGCAAGAAGAAUGAAGGUGGGGGAGACUAUUACUUUACUGAGAUUGCCUCGGAGCUCCUUGAGUUGAGUGGUAAAAACCCAAAAAUGUUGAAUUUGAGUAAAUUGAAGACACAAACACUGGAGAAAUGUUCCUCCGAAGAUGGCAAAUGCCCCUCUCGGUCAACAAAUCGCGCUGGUUCCCAAAGUUUCCACAGCGUACGUGUGAGCCGGCCAACAACAGUUGUGCAGGGAAAUGGCAUUUACAUGCUUGCUGGAACUUACAUCAGGGAAAAUGUCGCUGUUUGUCGGGUUGGGGCUGACGCGGCCUCAUGGGGUCUUUUGCUGGUAAAGGGGAAUGUCAGUGGAGAACAGGACAAAGGAAUUGUUUGGGAAGAUACUGACGGUCUCCCGUGCACUUCUAUUGUGGGACGUCGCGAAUCCUUGGCAGGUGAGAUUGGAAGCGGUGGAUCGGGUAUUAAGAUGGAUGACGAUACGCUUGUGUUCCCGUUGGAAGCCGUGAAGAAGGACGGCACUGAAACUGAAGAAAAGAAUAACAACGUUUCGCUGAUCUUGUACUCCUCCAAGGAUACUAAGAAUUGGACGCUGUCGAAGGGGAUGUCUGCCUAUGGCUGCAGUGAUCCCUCCGUCGUGGAGCGGGAGAAGGGAAAACUCAUGAUGAUGACAGCGUGUGAUGAUGGCCGCCGCAGGGUGUACGAGUCCGGUGACAAGGGGGAUUCGUGGACGGAGGCCCUCGGGACACUCUCGCGCGUGUGGGGCAACAACCAAAAGCGACAUGAGAAGGGCGUUAAAAGCGGGUUCAUCACAGCGAAGAUUGACGGUGUUGGAAAUGAUAAGAGGAGAGUGAUGCUCGUUACUCUGCCGGUGUAUGCCAAGAAUGCUGAGGAAGAAAAUGGAAAGGAAAAGGGCGAACUCCAUCUCUGGCUGACGGACAACACGCACAUUGUUGAUAUUGGGCCGGUAUCCGGGAAGGAUGAUGACGUCACCGCCAGCUCCCUGUUGUACAAAAGUGGAACUAAUGGGAAUAAUAAUAAGGAUGAGUUGAUUGCGCUGUACAAGAAGGACGAUGGGUUCAGACAAUCAUCCGGUAUGGUCUCUGUGCUUCUGACUGAGCAGCUGAAGCGGGUGAAGGAGGUGCUGA